AUGAAGGCUAUGGAUGCCAUGCAGAAUGAUGACGAUCCUACCUCUUAUAUCUUCUAUCUCGUCGGGCAAUCUUCAUCUGAUGGCUUGGUGCCCUUGAGGGAGCUUCUCGUCCAAAUAUACGAAAAGUGGGACCACAUCGCGAAGAGAAAAGGAUUAACAACGCAGUGCCCAAUAUCGUUUACUGAAGAGGAGAUCAGGGAAGGACGGUGUCAGGGAGAGGAGUGGGCAGUAGCUUUCAAUGAGUACGAAAACCUGCGAGCUCAACUUCUCGGGAAGGAUGGAGGGAUUUCACUGCCUCGUCGAAUUGUCCAGCGAGGUUGUUUGAAACCCAGUGAAACACAACGCUAG